AUCCAUUUGUGGUAUUCCAAUUCCUUCCCUUAUGUGGUGGUGGUGGUGCCUACCAAAGGUUUCAUUAUCCUCUUGGUUUGUAACAAGUUCAGUUUGUCAAAAAUGGUUCAACCCUUCCUUUCCUAAGAAUAUUGGGUCUAUUCUUUUAGGAACACUGUGGUUGGUUGUAUCAUUUUUACUGUUGUGUUGUAUACUUGCCAUUGUUUCUGCUCUGCGACACUGGCUCGUCCAUAGUUACCGCUGGUUGUUCACACCAUGUUAUAGAAAGAUACCUUUUGCAGGAAAACCUCAGCAAUUGCAGUGGUGGAGAUAUCUUUUUUAUGGUCAUUCCUCUUAUGCCGCUGUUAUGGCUUCUCCCAAUGAAAUUGCCAGAUGGUUCCUUCAAACAAGAACCAAGUUGCACUCCUAUCUAUUCAGUUAUUGUUUUAUGUUUCUUGCCCCAAGAAUAGCGUUGGUUUCACCAGAAGCAGCUAAACAUGUGAUGGUGAAGAAUGUACGCAAUUAUGUGAAACCUCCCAUGGUGCGACAAGGUUUAUCCAAUUUGUUGGGUAACAAAGGUAUCUUAUUAGCUGAAGGAGAUGAUCAUGCUAGACAACGGAGAAUUAUUUUACCAGCUUUUCAUUUCGAUGCAUUGGUUCAUUUGGGUCCCAUUUUUCGUGCACAAGGACAACAGGUCGUUCAACGUUGGUUAAAUAGACCAGAGGAAGCUAUCGAUGUGCACUUGGAUAUGACACAAGUGACGAUGAAUGUGAUUGCGUUGGCAGCAUUUGGAUAUGAUCCCAAUACGGACUCUGGUCAAGAGUUGUAUCGAGCUUAUCGAGAUAUCUUUACACAGAGACCACCAUCGAGAAUGUUAGCCAUGUUGUUUUCAUUGUUACCCAGUUGGUUGUUACAAAGUAUGCCCUUAUCAAGGUUGUUAAGAAGACAACAGAGUAAUGUACGACUGGUGAAGAAAAAAGUAACAGAAAUUGUACAAAAACGACGUGAAGAAUAUGAAGCUUUGUUGGUUAAGGAUAGCAAUGCAAUGGGAAAGUCUACAACAAAUAGAGAUUUAUUGGAUAUGUUGGUGGCUGCUAGAGAUCCCGAGUUGGAAAAGAAAAGUUCCCAUUUGCCUUAUUUGACGGAUGAAGAAAUUACCAGUCAAGCAUUGACAUUUAUGGCAGCUGGACAAGUUACUACAGCAGUGUUAUUAUCUUGGACACUGUUCGAAUUGAGUAUCCAUCCCAGUGCUCAAGAAAAACUGAGACAAGAAUUACAAACAAUGGAGACCACUUUAUCGACACAAGAUAUUACUGAAAUGGUACAGCAUUUAGAUAAGUUGGAGUAUUUGGAUGUUGUUUUACAUGAAAGCCUUCGAUUACAUCCACCAGUAUUAUUUAUUACUAGACAAGCGGUACAAGAUGAUGAAAUUUUAGGUUUUCCCAUUUCUCAAGGUGCUAUUGUCAACAUUCCUAUUGUAGCAUUGCAUCGAGAUCCUGAACAAUGGGGACCUGAUGCUGAAAGUUUUCGUCCCGAACGUUUUUUAUCCAGUGACAAGAACAAUGUUGUUAUACAACGACAUGCCAUGGCUUGGUUACCUUUUUUGUAUGGAACUCGAGCUUGUACAGGUCAAAGAUUUGCCAUGUUGGAAGCAAAGACCAUUCUUUUUGAACUAUUGACAAAAGUAUCUGUACGUUUACAACCAGGUUGUGAAGUUAAAGGAUAUGGAAUGGUUUCUGUCCCUCGAGAUGUUCGUUUGCAAGUUGUUGAUUUGCAUAAAGAAUAAAAUGGUGGAUGUUGAUGAUAGAUAAUGGUUCUUUACUACUACAAAAGAAUGAAAUUUUUUUGAUUUUC